AGUAUUUACACCGCAGCGGCACACACGUUUGAAAAGUUUGAUAAAUUACAUAAAAAUCACAGAAACUAUGGCCCUGCGAUUGCUCAGCCAAGCGCUGGCCUCGCAUAUGCGCCACUUGCAGUUGAACACCGCAAGGCGCUCUGUAAAUAGCUAUAACAGUCGACUCCAAUUGGUUCCUUUGGCCACCUGGAACCGGCAGCUGCACGUGCGUAUUACGGAUCAGGAAGCCGGUCUGCAGGCUAAACGAGAGGCCAAUAGGCACAGCAACCCAUUCCAAGAUGAAAAGUAUAAGGAAGCUGAUGUGGAAGCUACCAGGCAGCACAAGAAAAUCCAGUCGGUGGAGAAAAGGAAGGAACGGAAGGAAAAGAAACCGAAAAAAGUGCUGGAGCAUGGGGAUCCGGAUACCUUUGGUGAUGCCAAGUUCAGCGCUAGCCAAACCGAAGAUCCUGGAGAUGUCGAAGAGGAGGAAUACAUAAGCAAGCCCACGCGACACUCGAAGAAACUGCAAGCGAAGGAGUACGCCCAUCUCAUCAAGGAACAUUUGAACGCCAACCGGCUGAACGAUGCCAUUGCCGUGCUGGAGCAGCGCAUGCUGCGCGAGGAUCGUGUCAAGCCGGAGAAGUACAUCUACAAUCUGCUGAUCAGCGGCUGCGCCAAGGCCGGAUACACCCGCAAGGCAUUCUCGCUGUACACGAAGAUGCGGCAACGCGGACUGCCCGUCUCGGGCGGCACCUACACAUCGCUCUUCAAUGCGUGUGCCAAUGCGCCCACGAUCAGCGAUGGACUGGCCAAGGCACAGAUACUGCGGGAGAACAUGCUGGAGAAGGGCUACGAGCCGAAUGCGAAGAAUUACAACGCCAUGAUCAAGGCGUACGGGCGGUGCGGGGAUGUGGACACAGCCUACCUGCUGGCGGAUGAGAUGGUGGAGCGAAAGCUGGACAUGAACGCAGAGACAUUCAAUUUCCUGCUGCAGGCGUGUGCCAGCAAACCGGAGCACGGCUUUCGGCACGCUCUCCUCACGUGGCACAAAAUGCUGCGGGCAGGCAUCAGUCCGGAUUACUACAGCUUCAAUGCGAUGCUUCGCUGUGCACGGGACUGUGGCUUUGGCACUCUGGAGUCCAUGCGGGAGGUUCUCGAACAGAUAGCACCAGCAGCAACCCAACAGGAGGCGGCAGAACAACUGGAGGAAGGGCAAAAGGAAGAUUUACCCAUGGAAACAUCGAGCGCCAAGUCGCUGGCAGACCACAUUGAAGUGGCGACGACUGCCAGUGAGCUGGAGCUGCCCAAUCUGCUACUGCCGCGACCACACCUGGGCAGUUUGGUGGCCCUGGAGGAGGUUACGCGUCCCCACGAACGGUUCCUCCUGCUGGGCGGCAUUACUGGUUUCCUGGAGCACAUGAAGCAGCACAAGAUCACACCCGAUAUACAGACCUUCACCACCAUGCUGGAGGUGAUUCCACCCACCAAUGCGGCUGAGAAGCAGAUCCUCACAUUCGUGCGCAAGAUCGGCCUGAAGGCAGACAUUGACUUCUUCAAUAUUCUGAUCAAGAAGCGUUCGAUGCGCUACGACUAUGAGAGUGCCCGCGAGGUGCUCUCUAUGGUUCGCACGGCUGGAUUGCAUCCGGAUAUCGUGACCUACGGCGUGCUGGCACUGGGCUGCCGCACCCAGGAGGAGGCCAGGGAGCUGCUGCAGCAAAUGCAGGAGGCGGGCAUCAAGAUGAACAUGCCCAUACUGGGCGCCAUGCUGCGGCAGGGCUGUGAACAGAAGUCAUUCGGCUACAUCAAUGAGAUCAUGCAGCUGAGCCUGGAGGAGGGCAUCAAGCCCAACGAGCACUUUCUGCGGCAUCUGCACAGGUUUCACAUAGGCUGCGCCCGAGCCAUCGAUGCCAGGCAUCCUUCGACCAAAGCGCCCAACUUUAAGAAGGGACACUCAAAGUUCUGUGAUAAGUACCGUCUGUACUACGAGGAGCAGGGCCUGACUGGGCUCAAGCUGGAGGAUGCCAUUGCCAAGAUAAAGGCGCGCCCCUAUGCCAAGUACAAGGAGUCCGCCGUGGAGGGUCUGGAGCCACUCAAGCACGAGCAGGUCAAGCGCAAAACAAAGCUGCGCAAAUACAUAAAGAAAAUCAAGAUCGAUGAGCUGCAGGAUGACCCACCCAGAGAGGAGACCCUCAAGCGCAUAGAAUAGGGAAUAGAUCUACGGAUUUAAGUUUUAUUAAAGAAUAUUUGUUGUUAGCCAA